AUGAUGGAUGAUGAUUCUCAUGAAGAAGGAAGAGAAGAACAAGCUCCUCUUCCUUUACCUUCGAUUGGGAAUACUCCGGUCCAAGUAUGUCCUGAAGAGAUCUCUGACUCGGACUCUUUUGAAUCAGAUUCAAUGACAUCCGACGAGACUCAAACAAUCAGUGAUUACCAACAGAAACUGAUCUCGUCAUUCACGGAGAUAGCUGCAGGUCAAACAAUGGAAACAGCCAUCGAGUUCUUAGAGACGACAAGUUGGAACCUUGAAGAAGCCAUUAAUCUCUUUCUAGUCCAGGGUUCGAGGAGGUCCUCUUCUCUGCACCUUCCUUUUCUUUUCCAAGGUUCGUUUGAUGAGGCAAAAUCAACAUCUACCAAAAGGAACCUAUGGUUGCUAGUGAAUCUCCAAUCCAAUAAGGAAGAUGCUUCUCAUUCACUUAACCUAGAUUUAUGGUCAAACAAAGUCGUUUCUCAAGCCAUUGAGUCAAGAAUCAUCUUAUGGCAAGUCUAUGAUGAUACCAUUCAAGGAAAGAAAAUCUCAAAUUUUUACAAGAUUGAGUCAGCUCCUCCCGUGGUGCUCCUCAUCGAUCCCAUCACUGGGUUUAUGCUGCGGUCGUGGAGCGGGGUCAUUGAUGCUCAGAGUUUUGUCAAGGAUUUGAUGAACUAUACGGUUUCUACUCCUCACCAAUACGUUGCUUCAUUGACAAGUAAAACCCAUACUAGUGAUCACAUCGAGACUCCUUCUUCGGGGUCCAAAUUUGAAGAGUCGGAGACUUGUUCUUCAACCAACUAUGAUGAUGUGGUCGAAUCGGUUGAGCCCAAGACUUUACCCACGCAUGAGGAGGAGGAGACAUGUUUAGAGUAUCCAGCCUUGACAGAAGAGCCAAAAGGAGAGUGUGAUAAAAGCCUUGUGUGUAGUCUAUGUGUUCGGUUUCCAGAUGGGAGAAGAAAGCAGAGAAGGUUUCUGAAGAGUGAACCUAUUCAGCUUCUAUGGUCUUUCUGUUAUUCUCAGAUGGUGGAAUCCGACAUGAAGGCGUUUAAGUUGGUACAAGCGAUCCCUGGUGCUUCCAAGACUCUGGAGUAUGGAGCUAAUGCCACGUUCGAACAAUCUGGACUCGCUAACUCGAUUGUUUCAGUUACUUGGGAGUGA